GCUGUUCUAAUGUUCUUUCAUUUAUUGUAACUUUGUCAUUGUAUUCCAACGUUGACCAUUGGCCAAAAAAACUUGCCACUGAACAGAAUCAGAGGAUCAUUUUCACUAUUUGGGUAGAUCUUGUUCAUGGAUUCCAAUAGUUUUACAAGAUCACAGAAGCUAUUGGAGUUGUCACAACGGUUUCGUGAAACGAAGUCCGUUUUCCAACUUUCGGUUGACUCCUCAAGCAGUCAAUCCAACCAAUCUGAAAAAUUGAAAAAACCCAGCCGAGCUGCAGUUCUGAUCUGCCUAUUUGAGGAAGGAGAUGAUAUAUAUGUUAUUCUAACCCAACGAUCGUCGAAGCUGACGUCUCAUUCUGGGGAAGUGUCUUUGCCUGGAGGAAGAAGAGACGAAAACGAUACAGAUGAUAUUAGAACUGCGUUGAGGGAGGCUGAGGAGGAAAUUGGAUUGGAUCCUGCCCUUGUUGAUGUUGUAACUGUUCUUAAACCCUUUGGAAGCAAGGGUAAUGUUAGUGUGGUUCCAGUGAUUGGAAUACUAUGGAAUAAACAAGCAUUUAAUCCACUUCCAAAUCCUGAAGAAGUAGAAUCAAUCUUUUAUGCUCCUUUGGAAAUGUUCCUCAAGAAUGAAAAUAGACGAGAGAAGGAGAUAGAACACAGGGGAGAGAAAUUCUUGCAUCACUAUUUCUAUCACAAAACGAAUGACAGGGUGUAUGUGAUAUGGGCUCUAACAGCCGGAAUCUUGAUAGAUACAGCCUCCCUGGUUUUCCGGCAACUACCGGAUUUUCAACCAAGGAUGCCUAAAUUUUGGAACAGAAACCACAACAAAUUAUAAUAUGGGUCCCCCAACCAGUGUCAAAAGGAGUAGACAUGUCAGUAUUCAUUGACAUAAUGAUACAAUGUUGUGACUUGUGAGGAUAAUAUAGUAACUUUGUACUAGUUAUCAAGGAUUAAAUUGUAACUUUAUUGUAUGAAUAAAUUUUUUGUCUUUGGUAUA